AUGGGGCAUUGGUUUACAUGCGCAAAUCGGUUUACGGUUUACUGCUACUCUGCUACUCUUAGCGAUCAUGCUCUGAUGCAUAUAGACGGUACACGUGUAGACCAGGAGAAGCCCGGCUUGGUAACAUGGGGCGAGGAACCAGAGGCGCUGCUGUCCCAACUCCCCAGCUUUGAGCAGCUUCUAGAUCAACAGCCGGACGAGGUUCAGGCCGAACUCAGCUUUGCAUCUUACGAGAUGGAAGAGGAGGCGAACGUAGAUGCCGAUGAGGUGAAUCUCACGCUGGCUGAGAGCUUGCCAAAGCUGGAAGAGCUGGACCCGCUUGCAAAGGCCAAAUCAAAGAUUGACAUCUUGGAGAUGCCCAAAGAAGGCAGUGGGAUGCUCGCCAGCCAUUCAGGUGCAGGAAUGCAGGGCGCCAGUGCUGACAAAGCCGCAAUGGACUUGCUAUCCUUCGAGCCCGCCGAGUGCAGCCCGGCGGGCACCGACUCCAGGAGUCCACGUCUUCCGCACACUGCUUCACUGGCCGGCCUCUUCGAUCACACACCCAGCGCCACCGGCCUCCUCCAAGAGGAGAUGCUCCGGGAGCUUGCGCUUGCACCCAAGCCCAAGGAAGCAGUCCGGCUUCCCUGGCCGCCGGGCGGCCCUUUGGGGGAGACAUCGCCAAGGAGCCCAGCAUCCCCUGGUGGCCAGCAGCCGCAUCCUGCGGGCUGA